CCCCCUGGGUCAUGUUUUUCCACUGAAUGGCAGUCCCUUCCUUCUGAGCCGCACACCCAAGGUCUGAGAUGCCAUCCAGGGGGCUGGGUGCUUUAGCCUUUAAGCCCUCAUCUCUUAAACACUCCGCGUUCUUCUCUCACCUUCCUCUUCAUCUCACCUCCGGCGGGACUGAGAACCGGACACCUGGUCCCUGGACUUCUGGUCCCACCGGGAGGUGGAACUACUUGUCCUGCAUCCUGUUUGGAAGGAUUCCGAGGUCAGACACUCUUCAAGCUCCCUCUAAUGCAAGAUUCUAAGGCUCCGUGGGUUUGAAGAAAGCAGCUUACAGGGACGAGGCUCUUCCUGAAGGAUCUGUGUGUGUUGUUCAAAACACAAUCAGAAAGCUGAGGUCUCUGUGCCGAGUCCCAGGCUGGCAUCCUUAACCUCCGUGGCCCUGAAGAAGGCAGGAGCGCUGAGAGGUGCGGUUAACGUCAUGCCCGGGCCAGAAUGUAAACUGAGCGCUGAAACCGGAGCUCCCUGUGUCACCGAUGACAGCUCCAGCCGCCUGGUCCCCGUGUUCGUGUACGGGACGCUGAAGACGGGCCAGCCCAACCACCAGGUCCUGCUGGACGGCGCCCACGGGCGCGCGGCCUUCCGGGGCCGGGCCUGCACGCUGGAGCCCUACCCGCUGGUGAUCGCAGGUGAGCACAACAUCCCACGGCUGCUGAACCUGCCAGGCCGCGGGCACCGCGUGGCCGGCGAGGUCUACCAGGUGGACGAGCGGAUGCUGCGCUUCCUGGACGAGUUCGAGGGCUGCCCCGACAUGUACCAGCGCACCCGCCUGCACGUGGCCCUGGAGGGCACGCGCGCGCCCCUGGAGUGCUUCGUCUACACCACGGCCACCUACCCGCCCGAGUGGGUCCACCUGCCGUACCUCGAUGAUUACGACUCGCAGGGGAAGCAUGGGCUCCGCUACAACCCGCGGGAAAACAGAUGA